CGUUUUAAUGCAGCAAAAAAGGGAACGGUGGAAGCAAUGAUCGAGGAGCCCCUUUGGGCUGAUGAAAGGAGAGAGUGGCGCGCGUGUGUGCGUGAAUGAAUGGAAGGAAGGCAGGGAGGCGAGGAAAGCCGCGGGGGAGGAAACAAGGGGCUCCUUCCAAGCCUCCCUCCUGAAGCGCCCGGAUAAUAGGCGGCCCCGUCCUUAUUUAUUUCCAAUAUUUCCAUCCCGACCCCGUCGUUCCCUUUGCUGGAGGCCGGAGGCGCCCUCGGCUGCUCGGAGGAGGGAACGUCGCCCCCUUUUUAUCUCUGGGGAGGGGUCUCUGGAAGCCUCGUCUUCCCCAAAGCAUUGCUAUCCUCUGUGCCAAGUUCGGCCAAUGAGCCCCGGAUCCCCCUUUGCCCCGGGGGUCCCUCCCCAUCGCAUCCCCAUCGCAACGUGCUUGGAAUGAGGCUCCCGCGCCGGCCUUUCUCGCUCUGCCUCUGCCUCCUCCUCUUCCUUUCCUUCCUUCCUUCCUCCUCGCAGACUUGGGAAGCCAACCCGCCCCCCAAACAGCCAGACAGACACACGCCUCCCUCUCUCUCUCUGUCUCUCUCUCUCUUUCUCAUCGUAAACUGGAGCCAAGCCCCCUUCUUGUCUCCGCGGCCCCAUUGAAGCGGAGGAAGAGGAGGAGGAAGAUCAGAGAGAGAGACAGAGAGGGAGGCUUUAGGAAGCACCGGCUUGCUUGGGGUUGCUACUACAUUCCUGCGCGCAUCCUUGGGUCGAGGCUGUCUCGCCUCUGAUCUUUCUGGGGGGCUUCAGGACCAGGACAGAGAAGCGGAGCCCCUUCCCGACCAGGGCUUUCUCCCUCCAUGGCUUCGUUGUACCAGAGGCUCGGGGAGAAGAUCAACACCUCGCGCUCCUUCCCGGCCACCCCCGAGGCCAGCCACCUCCUGGGACCCCCGUGCGGAGGAGAGGAGGACGGAGGAGGGGGCAAAGCCCACGCCAACGCCGCCCUGCGCCCGGGGACGAGCCCGGAGAGCCCCGGCAGAGCCCCGCGCUUCCAGUACAACACCCGGAGGAGCGACUGCGAGGAGGAAGAUGAACUGGUGGGAAGCAACCCUCCGCAAAGGAACUGGAAAGGAAUCGCAAUUGCGUUACUUGUUAUUCUGGUUAUUUGCUCCUUGAUUGUCACCUCCGUUAUCUUGCUGACACCAGUUGAAGAUAACAGCCAGUCUCAAAAGAAGAAGAUUACAGUGGAAGAUCUGUUCUCUGAUGACUUCAAAAUCCAUGACCCAGAGGCUAAAUGGAUAAGUGAUGCAGAAUUCAUUUAUAGAAACAGAAAUGGUUCGGUGAUAGUACACAACGUUGAAACGAACGACUCAACAGUGUUAAUAGAGAAUAAAAUCAUUGUGUCCAUAAAGGCUAUUCGCUAUGAAGUUUCCCCAGACAGACAAUAUGGACUUUUUGCAUAUGAUAUUGCACCGAUUUACCGGCAUUCGUAUACAGCUUUUUAUGUCCUCAGAAAACUGCCUAAUGGAGAGCCUCAGAAUUUGUACCCUCCUGAAGUUAGCAACACAAAGCUCCAGUAUGCCGGAUGGGGACCAAAAGGCCAACAGCUGAUAUUUAUCUUUGAGAACAACAUCUACUACUGUGCCCAUGUGGGGAAGCAAGCCAUCCGCGUGGUCUCCACUGGAAAAGAGAAGGUUAUUUUCAAUGGGCUCAGCGACUGGCUGUAUGAAGAGGAGAUCCUGAAGACUCACAUUGCCCAUUGGUGGUCCCCGGAUGGCACGAGGUUGGCGUAUGCAACCAUCAAUGACUCCAGAGUCCCCACAAUGGAAAUCCCCAUGUUCACUGGCAGCCUUUACCCUAAAGUAGAAACCUAUCAUUACCCAAAGGUUGGAACAGAAAAUCCAAGUAUAUCGUUACAUGUCAUUGGUUUGAAUGGGCCUACGCAUGAUUUGGAAAUGACUCCUCCUGAUGAUGCAAGAAUGAGGGAGCACUACAUAACCAUGGUGAAAUGGGCAACCAGUACCAAAGUGGCAGUCAACUGGCUAAACAGGGCACAGAAUUUUUCUAUCCUAACUCUCUGUGAUGCAACCACAGGGGUCUGCACAAAGAAACACGAAGAUGAGAGCACAGCCUGGCUGCAUCGACAGAAUGAAGAGCCUGUCUUUUCCAAAGAUGGGAGGAAGUUCUUCUUUGUCCGAGCCAUUCCUCAGGGAGGGCGGGGUGAAUUCUACCAUAUUGCCAUGUCUUCAUCACAGCCCAACAGCAGCAAUGAUAACCUACAGACCAUCACAUCGGGGGACUGGGAUGUGACCAAGAUUUUGGGAUAUGAUGAAAAGCAGCAUAAAAUCUAUUUCCUCAGCACAGAAGAAUUACCAAGGACACGACAUUUAUACAAUGCCAGCACUAAAGGGAACUUCAACAGGCAGUGUAUCUCCUGUGAUUUGAUUCAAAACUGCACAUACUUCAGUGCGUCAUUCAGCCACAACAUGGCAUAUUUCAUAUUGACCUGUGAAGGUCCAAGAGUUCCAAUGGUGACUGUCUACAAUGUAUCUGACAAACAAAAACUCUUUGAUCUAGAAUUAAAUGAAAAAGUGCAGAAGACAGUAGCAGAAAGACAGAUGCCCAUCCGGGACUAUGUAGAUAUGAAAAUUCAUGAUUACAAGUUGCUGAUUCAAGUCUCCAAGCCAGCGAUCUUCACUGAAAACAUGCACUACCCAUUGCUUCUCGUUGUUGAUGGAACACCUGGCACGCAGAGUGUAACAGACAAAUUUGAAGUGAACUGGGAAAGCGUCAUGGUCAGUUCUCAUGGUGCCAUUGUGAUGAAGUUUGAUGGCCGUGGAAGUGGAUUCCAAGGGACCAAGCUGCUCCAUGACAUUAAAAGAAAGCUGGGCCUUUUCGAAGAGAAGGACCAAACAGAAGCUGUCCGGAAAAUGCUGCAAAACACAUUUAUUGACAAUUCCCGAGUUGGUGUGUUUGGAAAGGAUUACGGAGGUUACUUGAGUUCUUACAUACUUCUUGCUGGAGAGGAAAAUAAGGAGCCACUCUUCCAAUGUGGUGCUGCCCUUUCACCACUAACAGACUUCAGGUUAUAUGCUUCAGCCUUUUCAGAAAGAUACUUAGGAUUACAAGGGAUUGACAAUAAAGCAUAUGAGAGUACCAAACUGGCACACAGAGUGCGGUCAACAAAAGACCAAAAGUUUUUGAUCAUUCAUGCAACUGCUGAUGAGAAAAUCCACUUUCAGCAUACUGCUGACCUCAUUACACACCUAAUUAGGGCAGCGGCCAAUUACAGCUUGCAGAUAUACCCAGACGAAGGCCAUUACUUCAACAGUCCGUCCCUUGAGCAGCACCUGUACAAGUCCAUGGUCAAUUUCUUUGUGGAAUGUUUCAUAGAACAAGACAAAGCCCCAGUAGUUGUAACGAAAGAAGACGAGGAUGAAGAUUAACCCUUCGGGCUUGUGCUGAGAUGCACAAGGCAGUUUAUAAUAAUAAUAUGCAACUGAAUCUCUCUGUUUUCCCCCUUGGAGAAAGGAGUGUUAUCAUGAGCAUGUAUUUAACAAAACUGGAACAGGGAAAGCAGUGUGCCUGCUCGAACUGGAUCAUGACUCCUUUCUUCCCGAAUGGAAGAACAUUUAAGCAUGAAGAACUCAGCAGAACUUCAUUUAAAACAAACGGAGUUUUAAACAAAACAAAAACAAAAAAGAAGAGAGAAAAGGAUCUAAUCACCUUUCUUGCCACAAAGUGACUUCUGGAAUGAGAUGUUCAGGAAACUGGACCUAGAAAGAGAUUUCCCCUAAGAUGACUCUGAAAAAGACCCUUUGCAUCAAAAGGGUUCAAGCUGUAGGAAUGAAAACCCACCAUCUGUCUGUGUUAGGGUUCCCUUAGUUAAUGCCUCAUUGUCUCAGAUAAAACUACCAACCAUGAAAACAAGAUUAUAGCACAAUUAUUUUUCAGACGUACCGAUUCAUGCGUUGUUUGCCCCAUUGUCUUCUCCAUUUUCAAAGAAGUGACCAUUUACUACAGAACUGCUCAGCUGAGCAGAGGUUUCCUUUGUAGAAAUCACUGCUGUAGUUAGUUACACUAACCUUUUAAUUAAAUUUUGUGUGUCGAAGGAAUAUUUCUGUAUAUAGUUUUUAAUUUCUUUUUUUAAUUUAGCCCUGGACUGAUUAUUCAGUGCUGCAAUGUAUUCUGGGUAAGGAGAACAAAAUAUUUUAACACAAUGAUUUUUUUUUUUGUUUUAUCACGUCAGAAGCGACUUGAGAAGAUACUCCAAGUUGCUUCUGGUGUGAGAGAAUUGGCCAUCUGCAGUGACGUUACCCAGGGGUCACCCAGAUGUGUUAGCAUCCUGCUGGGAGGCUCCUCUCAUGUCCCCGCAAGCUAGAGCUGACAGACGGGAACUCAUCCUGUCUCGCAAAUUCAAAUCGGCAACCUUCAGGUCAGCAACCCAACCUUCGGGUCAGCAGUCCAGCCAGCACAAAGUUUUAACCCGUUGUGCCACACACAACAAAUGACACUAGAAUAUGUUCCUGCUUUUGAGAUCUUUCUUUACAGUGCUCAGGAAUUUGUGGGCUUUGGUUGUGACUCAGCUUUAUGAUUCAAGAAUGUCACAUAGUGAUAUCAAAUAUUUUGUCAAAUGGUUAAAUCUUUUUUUUUUUUUUUUAAAAAGUACUUGUUGCCCUACAAAAUUUAGAAUACUAACUUAGAACAGAAAUGCUAUAAAACAAUACAUAUCUAUGUUAUUCUUGUGGAUUUUUUUUUUGUCAGGAGCAACUUGAGAAACUGCAAGUGGCUUCUGGUAUGAGAUAAUUGGCCAUCUGCAAGGAUGUUGCCCAGGGGAUGCCCGGAUGUUUUGAUAUUUUACCAUUCUGUGGGAGGCUUCUCUCAAGUCCCCGCUAGAGCUGGAGCUGGAGCUGACAGACAGGAGCUCACCCAGCUCCUCGGAUUCCAAUUCCCAACCUUUUGGUCAGCAGUCCUGCCGGCACAAGGGUUUAACCCAUUGUGCCACCGGGGGUUUCUGUGGAUGAAAAAGGCAGAGAAGUACAAGAAAUGUCUCCUAAAAGGCCAGUCGGUCAAUGUUUACAGGGACUGAGGAUAGGACUUUUGGCCUCAUGUGUGAACUUCUUUGUAUGGCACUUGAAUCCCCAUUAAGUCUGUCUCUCCUUACCCUUUUACAAUCCAGCUUCUAUUGAUUGUAACCGUUCUAAAACUGCAAGUGUUACCUUUACAAUCCAGUGUGCAUUAUAAUCAUUGCUAACCAACCUGCAUAUUUGUAUCAAAUAUUAUUGUGUUGAAGAAAAUUUAGGAUUGGGGCUACAAUUUUGAACACACACAAACACACACGCACCUCCCCAACAGCCCACUUCCUUAGAGUCCUGGAGGAAAGACCAAAACAGCUCCAAUGCUAUUCCUGACCCUUUUUGAACUCCUUGCACUUUCCCCCCUGCUAUUGUUGUUCCCUGUAAAUUAUUCUGACCAAAUGUACAGCUAGUAUGAAUACUGUAGAAUUCAUUUUGUUGUAUAUAAAAGGAAUGUAAGUCUAUGAUUUGUCAAGCCCCCUCCCCGAUCCAGUAUUUCUUAUGUCUUGUGUUCGGCAUGCAUGAGAUAACACUCGUUUGCUUAUUAAGACCCCUUUAAAGUAUUCAUCCAAACUCUUUAUCAAUUGUGUGCUUCUUUUUCUGAUGGUUUUUUGACAGCUUGAAUGUCAGUGGCAGAUUUCUACAUUUUUACAGUGUGCUGUUGCUCAAAAUCUCCGUCCCCGAGAACAACACACAACGUGGAUCAUCUUGAAAGUCUUCUUCAUUAUAUCUCUGUUUUGUUUUAGGUUCGAUCUGUUGGUUGUUGUUGGUAAUUCGAUCAUUAAGGGAGAUUAACCAGUAAAAACCAACCAGAAAAGGUGGGGGGACGUUCUCAUUGCAUUGUUGUUCUUUUCAUGAUUUACCGUCCAUCCAAAUCUUUAUGAACAGGAUUUGCAGAAUAACAUGGCUUUCUUCAGCCAAAUGCCAAAUAGACCACGUGAAUGCUACAUAUCUGGGUUUCGAUAAUCUUUUGGACUGGACUGAAUUUGACCCAGGGGAGCUGACAGCCUGCUCUGUUUGUAAACUUUUGUAGGAGAGCCCAGGAGUGGCAUAGUAGUGUUUCUUCAUCCAUAAAAUAAAGCAUUAUUUUACCAUC